AAUUUGUGUUGCGCUGGAAUUUGUUUUGUUUUUAUUUUGUAAUUAAAUUCUUAAAGUUAUACCAUUCAUGGACCUCUGUAAGUUAUGUGUGCAAAAUAAAGCUGUUAGUACAGAGCACUUAGACGAAUUCAAACAUGCAACCGAGCUACUGCAGCAUCUGUUUACAUCGUUUCAAAUCCAGGCUGAUGUCCAGGAGUUGAGCACCUGUGCGUGUCACUCCUGCAUGGCUGAAGUGCUCAGCAUAUGGGAACGAUUGCAAUGCUGGAGCAACGCCCAACAAAACCAACUAAACGUCGGAGAUCUUGCACAGCCGCUUACAAUUACAACAACGGAAUACCACGAUGAGAACAGUGUAAACGAUCUGGAGUCUGAUAUUGAGGAUGUGAAUUCGGAACUGGAGCUAAUCGACGGCGAUGAAGAUUACGAAACGCUCGACGCGCAGCUAUGUCCGGAUGUAAUGGAUGAAAAUACAGAUUGGGCGGAUGAGUCGCCAGCGGACAACAACUUCGCCAUCGCCAUUGCACAUGACGGCGUAGUUCUGGCCAAAGCGAUACGCAAUGAGGGACUGUGCCCUGAACUGAUUUGCUAUUACUGCAGCACGGUGUUCAGCAGCACCGCCAAAUUGCAGACGCACAGCAACAUGAGCCACAACCUGCGGUACUAUGUGUGCCGCAAGUGCGGCGUUAGCUUCGACAACGCCAGCCUACUGCAGCAGCACGAGCAAGUCAUGGGACACGAAAGGAAACCCUUAGACCUGGCAGACGAGAGCUCCGUUGAGUUUCGUUGCCAGGAGUGUGGUUGCUUAUUCGAUCGUUACUUCAGCAUGGUGAAUCAUGAAAACCAGGUGCAUCGCCACCGAAAAGAGGAAUUUAAGUGCCGCGAUUGCGGCUCAACAUUUAAAUUUCAAAUCGCCUAUAAUCAGCACAUUAAAAAGCACCUGAAUAGUAAAAAGAAUCUCAAUGCCGAGCUACUGAAGCAAUUUGCCUGCAGUUUUGACAGGUGCGAAAAGCGCUUUGCAUGUCGUUACCAGCUAUUGGCACACGAGCGCAUGCACCUGAGGAUCUACUCAUGUGAGAUUUGCGGCAAGCAGUUUAGCUAUAAAUCCAACAUGUCGCGCCAUCGGCGAACAGUUCACAUGGACGAAUGCAGUUUAUAAGCCUCAGCAUGCAAUAACAAUAACUAUAUGUAUACGGUGUUAGUUCUCUUAAACAACAGUUUGCCAAACUUAAGUUUAGCUUGAAUAUAAAAUGACAGCAGGACAAGCUGAGCCAAAUUAGUAUAGUUAUAAAUGAAGUAAGCUGUUCUGUACUUGUUCGCUUAAGAGAGAUUUCUAUAUAUGUAUGUCUCAGCCACAAAAUAAAACAGAGCAG